CACAGAUCACAAUUUUCAACAUUUUCUUCUCUUUUGCCAACACAGUUUCAAUUUCAAUAAUGCAAAAAAUGAUUUAAAUGUUUAUCAUAUUUAUUACUAUUGAAUAUUACUACGUAUGUACCAUAUAUGGUACAUCAUGUAUUGGCCCAAUAUAUUUUUGGUAUUAGACGUAUAUCAACUACGUCGAUUUUUACAUGCGGGUAUCUUGGUUUCCAUUCUUGCAGAUGACCUCAUGCAUUUUAGGGUUAAAUUACAUCUUUUUCAUCGUAUCAAAUUAACUAUUGUGAAUUCUUCCGUAGCUUUACUUUUGUGUUAUCAUUCUUCGUUGAGUAAUAAAUGCGAGAAGAAGAAAUUGUAAAUUACAAUAAUAUUUGUAAACAAAAAAAUCAUUUUUAGAAUUUAUUAAAAAAAUAAUAAAAUAUGGAUAAAACUGAAACUGUACAACCAAAUGGUAAUGCACGACGCAAAAUUCUAAGUGUAGCUGUGUCACAAAUUCUAAUGGAGAAGGGUUUUGAUAGUGUUGACAAGGAAUGUUUAGAGACUCUAACAGAAAUGCUACAGAGUAUGCUAGUUGAAGUUGGUCAAUCGGCUAGAAGCUAUUGUGAACUCUCCGGCCGUACAAUACCUGUAAUAGGUGAUGUGAUUGUGUCGUUGGUAAAUAUGGGGGUAUCACUUCAAGGUAUUGAGGCCUUUGCUAAAAGGGAAGGAAGACAAAUUAUAUCUAUGCCAGCCCAACAACAGCAGCAAAAACAAUUAAAUCUUUUGCAAGCUGGUACAAAAUCGCAGCAUCCUCCUCAUAUUUUACCUUAUUUACCUUUGUUUCCUGAUCCACACGCAUAUGUUCGAACGCCGACUCAUAAACAACCCGUAACGGAGUAUGAAGCUAUUCGAGAAAAAGCUGCCACCCAGAAAAGAGACAUAGAAAAGGCAUUAACAAAAUUUCUGGCAAAAACCUCAGAAACUCAUAGCCUUUUUGAUACGGAAGAUAAUAUGUUUCCAUUAAUUGCUUGUAAACCUUCCUUUCCUCCGUAUUUAGCUGCUUUAAAUCCCACCGAUCAAGUGUUCGAUUUCGAAGAACUGGAAUAUCAUUAUUUAGUUGCUAAUCGCACUGAAGAUUGUAAAGAUGACGAAGAAAAUGAAAGUGGUAAUGAAGAAGAAAGCGCUGGCAAUGAAGGUGGUGGUGGUAAUAAUGGAAGUGGUGGUGCAAGCGCCGAAGAAUCCGAAAAGAAGUCAGAGAAGACCGACAAAGAUACAAAACCAGACAAUGAUAUUAAGCCAAAUUCAAGCACAAAUAAGGCAAUUCUAGAAAAUCCUAAUAUUGAUAAUCCUUAUUUAAGAGCGGCCACGCUACCCAAACGUGCUAAACCAGAUCCAAUUUUAUUAGCAACAGCUCCCACCGCCUCGACAAAUAAUGUAUAAAAACAAAAAUAAUGUAAUAUUUUAUAUGUUUGUAUCUUAUCCUCUAGAAAAUCCUAACAAGAAUAUUACUAAACUUAAAUAUAAUUAGUAACUAUGUAUGUA